AUGUCCACUCUUGCCUUCCUGCUCCUCGCCGUCCAAGCUUGCUUGGUUCAGAAUGUAUACAGCCAGUGCCUGCGUGGUAUGGGAGCUGCUAUGGCGGGUUCACUCGGCUGGGAAGGUUUGGCUGGUCCGACCAUGUUAGGCUACGGGGGACCCAUCGCUACCUAUCCCGAAUAUGCUGCAUAUGGCGGUUCAGGCGUCGGCAACGUGGGUGUCGCUGGUGAGAUGGGCGUCGCCGGUACAACCCAGGUCGCUGGUCAGGUGCCGAUCCUCGGCGCUGUGGAGUUCGGAGGAAUUGUACCGGCGGCUGGAGCUGUCUCCAUCGCUGGAAACUGCGCAUGCAACGAACUCGACGCCGCAGGACCAUUCGCCCCGGCUAUUGCACCGUUCGCUGCUACCGCACCUUUUACUGCUGCGAGAUCUUUCGCUCCAGCUUUUGGUGCUCCCUUCACUUACGAAGCCGCCCCCUUCGCUUAUGAAGCCGCACCCUUCGCUUACGAAGCCGCUCCCUUCGCUUACGAAGCCGCCCCCUUCGCUUAUGAAGCCGCUCCCUUCGCUUUCGAAGCCGCCGCCGUCUCAGCGUCCAAUGGUGGCGGUCUCGGAGUAUCCAGUGCGUCCACCAUCCCUCCCGCAGGAGUGUCAGUUCUGUCAGAAAACGCCAUUGAAGGACCUCUCGCAGUCGCCGGUGCUCUACCGUUCUUGGGAACCGUGGCUCUAGAAGGAGCUCUGCCAACUGCCGGUGCUGGUGCUGUCAACUACGGCUGCGGCAAUGGAGCCGUCGCCAUAUUGGCUGAGAACCUCGCUCCCGCUGGCAUCGCUGGUCCGCUAGGCUACGGCAUUGGUGCCUGGGGUGCUGAGGGUUUCGGCUACGGUCCUUACGGAUACGGUGUGGGAUCUCUAGCUGGACCCUUCCGCGCUGGUUGCGGUUGUGGUAGAGCUAUCUAAAUGCACGCGAUAGCUAGUGUUUUUAAAUGUAAUAAGUUCCUUACAAUAAAAAGUUACCUUACCUACUA